CUAAAUCUGUAGGCUUUUCAGGGGAAUUAGCUUUGACACUGGCUCCACUUUGACGCACAAAUAGUCCUGCCCGAUGAGAUUGGAGGUCCUGGGACGCUCGGUGGUAGCUAUGAGCUGCGGCUCCCUGGUCACCUACCUGGCCAUCCGUCUGCUCGAAGGCGAACAGGCGGCAGUUCAGGAUGGAGAGCAGGCGAGGAGCCUGGUGGGCAGUGGUGCCUGGCUCCACCAUUGGGAUCGCCAGAAGCCCACUCCGCAGCAAUUGGCCAGCCCCCUUAAUAAUGAGUCCUCCGCCCUGCGCCACAUUAUCCUGGUGCGGCAUGGCGAGUACUCUAGGACCUUGUACGGCAGUCACCUUACAGACCUAGGACGCCUGCAGGCGCAAAGAACGGGCCAGAGACUGCGGGAAAUGGGCGUGACCUGGGAUCAAGUUGUGACCUCCACAAUGCCACGAGCCGAAGAAACGGCAACGAUCAUCCUGAAGGAGCUGGACAUCGAUUCGCAGAAGAUGAAGCACUGCUCGCUGCUGCCUGAGGGAACCCCCUAUCCGGCGGAUCCGCCGCCCAAUGGCAGUUGGCGCCGCGUGAAGCUCUCCUACCAGCGUGAUGGUCCCCGGAUCGAGGCCGCCUUUCAGCGGUACUUCUUCCGGGCCACUCCCGAACAAGAGCACGAUUCCUAUUUACUAGUUGUGGGCCAUUCGAAUGUGAUCCGCUAUCUGAUCCUGAGGGCCCUCCAACUGCCGCCCGUUGCCUGGACGCGUCUCAAUCUAAACCAUGGCUCCAUUACCUGGCUGACGGUGCAUCCAACGGGCUACGUGACCCUUCGCUGCCUGGGCGACACAGGCUUCAUGCCCGUGACCCAGGUGACCCACCGAAGGCCGCUCUCGGCGGCAAAAUCGGAUAGUAGUAACUAGUAACUAGCCCAUGAUUAAAGCACUGCUCUGCGGAAUACGUCAUUUUGCAUCAGGCGAAGUGGAAACGUGACUUCCUGUGCAAUUUUGUCGCAACUGAAAAA